AUGGCUCCUAUUAAUCUCAUCUGGGGCGGAGGCUCUAUCAUGGACGAGGCAUCUUACCCCACACUUGAUUCUGUCAACGCAGCUCUAGACAUCCUGCAAGCCAACGGUGUCAAAACGAUCGACACAGCCAGAAUUUACCAGAGCUCUGAGGAGCGUCUUGGCCAAGUCAAGGCUGCCUCUCGCUUCGCAAUUGAUACAAAACACCCCGGCGGGUUUGCCCCGGAGGCAAACUCCCAAGAAUUGAUUGGCUCAAUUGCGAACCAGAGCUUGAGCCUUUUACAAACAGAUCAGGUGGAUGUCUACUACAUUCAUGCACCCGAUCGUCGAUUCCCUCUCGAGGAGCUUCUGGCCGGUGUAAACACCCUCUACCAAGCCGGAAAGUUCAAGCGCUUCGGUCUCUCCAACUUCCUAGCUACAGAGGUGGAUGAAGUCGUUCGUGUUUGUCGCGAGAAGGGAUAUCCCCUGCCUAGUGUGUACCAAGGAAACUACUCCGCCGUCGCACGUCGCGCGGAGAAAGAGUUGCUACCCACAUUGCGCAAGCACAAUAUUGUCUUUAAUGCUUAUUCGCCUAUUGCGGGUGGAUUCUUGACUAAGGGCGCAGAGGUGAUUGCUUCUGGUGGCGAAGGUCGAUGGGAUCCGCAGUCAAUGAUUGGAGGUCUUUACCAUGCCCUUUAUAAUAAGAAGCAUAUGCUUGAGGGCUUGAGACUCUGGGAUAAGAUUUCAAAGGAGUCUGGCAUUCCCAAGGCCGAACUAGCAUAUCGUUGGGUGGCACACAACUCAGCACUAAGUGGAGAGUUUGGGGAUGGGGUUAUUUUUGGCACGCGCACCAUCGAGCAGCUGAAUCAGACUCUUGCUGCGUUUGCCAAGGGUCCUCUUGACCCGAAGAUAGCGGAGCAGAUUGAGCAGGUUUGGAAUCUUGUUGAAGUUGACGCGCCUUUGGAUAACUUUAAUGAUUUGAUCGGUAAGCAGUGA